AUGCAUUACCUUGCACAGACAUCUUUUACAUGCUCCUACAUCACAAAUGCCUUUUCUGUGAAAGUUUGGAAACGGUGCAGAGAGAGAGAAGAAUUGGAGGCUGUGUCCUUGCAGGAAAUGGAUCAGAUCCUGUCUCUGGAUAAUUAUUUCAUUUACAACACUGUCUGGGCUGUAGCCUGGGCCUUACAUGCAACCUAUUUAUCCAGAUCUAAGAGGGCGAGGAUCAAAGGUGGGAAGAACUCAGAGUCUGAAAGACUGAAGGCUUGGCAGCCCCUACCUCCUUCCAGAUGUGUAGAAAGCUGUCAUCCUGGAUUUGUGAAAGUGGCCCGGGAAGGAGAACCCAUCUGCUGUUAUGAUUGUCUUCCUUGUGCAGAAGGAACCAUCUCCACCCAGGAAGAUGCAAAAAAAUGUACCAAAUGUCCAGAAGAUCGACAUCCAAACAUCCUUCGAGAUCACUGUAUUCCCAAGAUUAAAACCUUCCUAUCCUAUCAAGAGAAUCUGGGGAUCAUCCUGUCUUUAUUUGCCUUCUUCCUCUCUUUCCUCACAGCCUUUGUCUUGGGAAUCUUCAUUAAAUUCCAAGACACUCCAAUUGUCAAAGCCAACAAUCGGGACCUCUCUUACAUCCUCCUGGUCUCCCUCCUCCUUUCCUUCUUCACCUCCUUCCUCUUCAUUGGCCAGCCAAGGAGAGCCACCUGCCUUCUCCGACAGAUAACCUUCAGCAUCAUCUUCUCAGUCGCCAUUUCUUCUGUCUUGGCCAAAACAAUCACAGUAGUGUUGGUUUUCUUGGCCACAAAACCAGGAAAUAAAGUUCAGAAAUGGCUGGGAAAGAGCUUGACCAAUUCUAUUGUCCUUUCUUGCUCUGGUAUCCAAAUAGUCAUAUGCAGCAGUUGGCUUAGCACUUCUCCUCCGUUUCCUGAGUCUGAUCUGCACUCUCAGCCUGGAGAAAUCAUCCAACAAUGCAAUGAAGGAUCCAUCACCAUGUUUUACUGUGCCCUCAGCUAUAUGGGCUUUCUCUCUGUCAUCUGCUUCAUGGUGGCUUUCCUGGCCAGGAAUCUACCUGGGGCCUUCAACGAAGCCAAGCUGAUCACCUUCAGCAUGCUGGUCUUCUGCAGUGUCUGGAUAUCCUUUGUGCCCACCUACCUAAGCACUAAAGGAAAAUACAUGGUGGCUGUGCAGGUCUUCUCCAUCUUGGCCUCCAAUGCUGGGCUGCUGGGCUGCAUCUUCAUCCCCAAAUGCUACAUUAUUUUCCUAAGACCAGAUCUGAAUACAAAAGAAUAUUUAAUGUCAAAAUAA